GUCUCUAUCCAUUUCUUCCAUGACAAAGAAAACGAAAUUUGGCAAUUUGCAGUGAGAUCUAAGGCUCUAGGGGGUCUAAGCUUGAUAAGCAAUUGAGGGGAGCAAAUAGUAAAUGAAAAUAGUUUUCUUUCUCCCAGAAGUGUAAUCACUAGUCGGAGAGAGACAGAAUCAGAGAAUCCCAGAGAGAGAGAGACCCAUAUCGUUCAAGAUUUGAGGGUUCGAAAAUCACACUCGAAACUACUCAAAACAUCUCACUCUGGGAUGUUUUAUCAUCGCUAGCCAGAGGGAGAAAAAAAAAAAGGGGGCCUUUUUUUUUUUUGUUUCUUGAAAAGGGUAAUCAAAUGGGCGAAGGGAACAUCGUACAUUCUUGUUCAAGCCGAGAGCCUGCGAAUGCGAGCGAUUCAACCGCCGACACCAAUAGCAGCAACGUCAGCCGCGGCUCGCAGGUUAUAUUGAACGUCUAUGACCUUACUCCCAUCAAUCACUAUACCAUUUGGUUUGGGUUUGGCAUCUUCCAUUCUGGGAUUGAAGUCCAUGGAAUGGAAUAUGGUUUUGGAGCGCAUGACUUUCCUAUAAGCGGGGUGUUUGAAGUGGAGCCUAAGAGCUGCCCAGGUUUUAUCUACAGAUGUUCAAUCCCGCUGGGUCAGAUUAACCUAGCUCCAUAUGAAUUCCGAACUUUUAUAGAAAAUGUGGCUUCUGAAUACCAUGGGGACACCUACCACCUCAUCUCCAAGAACUGCAACCAUUUCACAGAUGAUAUGGCUAGGAGACUGACUAGGAAGUCGAUUCCCGGGUGGGUGAAUCGACUUGCCAGACUUGGUGCUUUCUGCAGCUGUCUUCUUCCCGAAAGCCUUCAAGUAACGAGUGUUAAACAGCUUCCUGAAUACCAUAUUUGUGCAGGUGGUUUCUUAUAUUUGUCUUCAAAAGAAGAUGGGAGUGGGUCGAUGUCUACUGUAACACCCCAGGAGCCCACUGAAAGCGAGGAUGGCGAUCAAGAUAAGCACCUGCUAUCACCUCCCCGUGGCAGCGGGGAAGUGUGCUUUAUAAGGGAGAUAUCGAAGUGACAUUAAGCUCGUUAGACCGCAAUCUUUAUUCAAAAUUCGUUCGUGCUUGCUUGGCUUGAAUCUGUCUGUAUGCGUUGAAUCCUUCAACAACUUUCUUCGAUCUGCAAGUGGCAAAAUUGUGAUCAAUGGCAGUAGAGGCAUUAUUUGGUGUAGACAGUAGAGAGCACAUUGUAUCAUGAGCCUUUUGGCCCCCCCAAGCAUGGUUUCAUAUUCUUUUGAGGUGUAUUUUCAGUGGGGCUUUUCAAGUGAUUGCUUAAUCAUUGUAACUUCCAUUGCUUUCAAAGCAAACAUAAAGUCAAUUAUGCUUGUAAUUCAGUGUUCUGAACAGCCAAUUCAGUUGUGCAGGAUUUUUACAUUUUUGCUUCCAUUGAUGCAUGCAUUUUUCUUUGAAA